UUUAACGUUUAACAGCGAUAAAAUCUCUUUUAAAAAGUCAUGUUUUUUGCUACAAUUGUACACAAUACUACCCUACAGUUUCAUCUGUUACUGGAUAUGGUGGUACCGCGCCAUCUGGCGAGGUAGCGGGGAAUUUCACCACGGGCCGGUCACAUGACUCUCCCUGGCCAAUCGCAGCAGUCUCAGAUGAGAAGCUCUUCCGUCAAGUCAGACAUUCCAAUCACUGCCGGCAUUAUUCGGGUUUAUUUCGUUUUUUCGGCGGGUGUAACUUCAUACACCUAGUUCCCAGUACGUUAAGCCCCUAAGUACAACCUUCAGGAUGCGAGGCGCCGGCAAGAGGAAGACAAGGCCUCCCGUUCGCUUCGGCGACUAUCAGCUCGAUGACCAAUACGCAUGGUCGGACCACGCUUCACUUCGGGAUUGCCCUUCACCGGUCGUCAGUUCUCUCUCUCCGCCGAUAGACGAGCUGGAGGACGAGAUUGACCACCAACUAGCUGAGGUAUCGAGGAGUAUUGAGAGGAUCCAGUUAAACGAGGCACGCCUCCGGGAGCACGACCAACAAACCAAACCCAAGAAAACGCAGCGCAACCCCCCUCCCCAAACCAGGGACAUACGUCAGGAUGACGUUCCUCGCAACUCCCGCGUGCGGAUGACGUCACCCCCACGCGCCUUCUCGCGAGACCCGGACUCACGCACCUUCUCGCGAGAUUUCGGUCAAGAUGGGAGGGGGGCUCCUCGGAAGAAUCCCUCUAGGCGUCCAGCGCAUACAGACGAGUACGAACAGACCCGCGGCUACCCGUCCCUGCGAGACAUACGUUCCAUGAACUAUCUCCAGGAUCCUUUCACGUCAGCCAAGCGAGUCCGGGCCCAGCCGAGGCAGCCACCGCCCGGCGACACGUUCGGCUGGGACCUCGACGGCGAUAACAACAGGAGACCCAGGCGGCAGCGGGACUACUCUUCAGCGUCGGACGACGAUGACAAGCCUUACCGAGCUACCGCCUGGCGGCUCCUACAACAGGACACCAGAGACACCCAACGGUCCGCCUUCGCAGCUUCCACACAGGCUAACCACCGGACUCACUUCGCCGCUUACCUGGGCUUCUGCGAGUAUUUCCAUCAACAGCCUUUCCCAGCCACCCCGCACCUCCUGUCCUGCUACGCGCAGUUUCUCAGCCGAACACUCAACUCGCCAGCCUCCAUCUCUCAUUACCUCUCCUCCGUGAAGCUCCUACAUCACUUACAGGGUUUCCACGACCUACACCUGAAACACUUUGAACUGCAGCAAACGCUCAAAGGACUGAAGCGCAACUUACAACACCGCCCAAGAGUCCCUCAUCCCGUCACCCCAGAAUUCCUCUUCCAGGCCCACCUAUCUCUAGACCAUUCAAAACCAAAAGACGCCACCAUCUGGGCUAUCUUACUCGUGGGCUUCUUCGCCUACUUCAGGAAGUCUAAUCUCGUCCCCCCCACAGCACGCGCAUUCAAGCCAGACCACCAUCUCUGCCGUCGUGACAUCCUAGUUGCUCCAGAGGGCCUUCUCAUCCGCACGAGUUGGUCUAAGACAAUCCAGCCGAACGAAAGAGAGGUGUUGACACCAGUCCUGGCCAUCCCAGGCUCUCCUCUCUGCCCAGUCGCCGCCUACAGACGCAUGCUACACAUCGUCCCUGCCUCACCAGACUCACCCGCCUUUCUACUCCCGUCCACGCCUCGCCGACCAUGCAGACCGGUCACCAGCUCCAUCCUGGAGAAGGCCUUCGCCCAACUGGUCGCCUCCGCCGGUAGGCCUCCGGGCUUUCACACCCUGCAUGACCUUCGGCGCGGAGGUUACACGCUCGCCUUUGAAGCAGGCGUCCCCAGGGAACUCCGACAGCGGCACGGUGACUGGCGUUCCGACGCAGACCUGUUCUACCUGCAGCCCUCCAUGGCACAGCGACUUCGGCUUCCAGCGGCCAUGAGGACACUGAUCCUCCAACGCACCACCUAGCCACGCGACAACAUCGCCGGGACGACCAACUUCUCUUCCAACCCCAGAGAACUCUUACUCACCAACUCACACUCUCAUCUCCUUCUUGGCACACCUCACUCUGUUCGGCCUGGCCUUUGACAUACAGAAAUGUACAGACUCUGGACUACCAUUAAAAAUGUCAUGCGCCAAGCUGUCUGUUCGUGAUCAUGAGUUGGUGUAAUUAUGGUGGUACCGCGCCAUCUGGCGAGGUAGCGGGGAAUUUCACCACGGGCCGGUCACAUGACUCUCCCUGGCCAAUCGCAGCAGUCUCAGAUGAGAAGCUCUUCCGUCAAGUCAGACAUCCCCCGUCCACCCCGGCAACACAGACUCUCCCGAAGACUCUCUGCGAGGCACGCUCACAACCACCCAGCUCAGCAGAGUCAGCGCACUCUCCCCUCCCGUGACCGGGCUUCAUAGACUUCAAGCAGUAGCAGAACUCACAUUACGAGCAGACUCCUAUUAUUGCAUCACAGGACAACUGACUCUAACUCUGUUCAUAACCAGUCCGUUUUAGUUUAGCAGUAGCCAACUUUCGCUUAGUUUAUCAAGGUUCGUAGAUCAGUUAGGUUAGCAGUUUGUUAUAUAAGACUCGUGAGCAGAAAGGCUCACACCAAGCGCUCAAGCAUCCGGCCGAUGCCACGUUCUCCACAAACGGAAACUUCUAGUUAGCUUAACGACUUGUUCCGUCGGUUAGGUCGCUCGACUCCUAUUAUAUCAAGUUUACGUACCUCGUGUUACUUAACUCUUUCACCUGUUAACGCAUGCCUUCGACGUUAUUCGCACAAGCCUAGUUCUCGAUCAUAAUGUUAAAGCAUACGCUUGAUGCCUGGGUCGAUACCCAUGGCCUUUGACAUACAGAAAUGUACAGACUCUGGACUACCAUUAAAAAUGUCAUGCGCCAA